CUCGUUUUAAAAUUUGCCGCGAAAAAUAUUCUCCCUCAAAAAAAUAACAAAACUAAAGUAUUCCGAACUAAAGUGGACAUUAUACGUUAUAUAUGGGACACGGUGAUAAAUCAGGAUUUUGUAUUUCAAUCAAAUAAAGCCAACUUCCAACAUGAUGGGCACAGUUGAUACUAUGAACCUGGACAUGGAUGACUUCUUUGAAUCCAAUGAUCCUCUUGAUGAUGAGGAUCAGACGAGAGCCAUGCCACCCCCUGGAGAUGACGAGGAUGGAGCUGGGAACCCCUUUGUCGAGGGAGAGGCAGGAGCUGAUGGCGACGGAGAGGAUGAUGAUGGUGAAGUGAACAGUCAAGCUCUCGCCAGACUUAAAGAUCUCUCCAAGGGGGCAGGAAAGAAAGUUGUAAAGAGACCACAACCAAAACUUGAUCCAUCUAGACUUACUGGCGAACGUGGAAUUCCUAUUCUUCCCGAUCUUUUCAAGAAUGUCAAGUUUAAAGGUGCUGGACAUGAGGCAACUGAUCUGCAGCGGCUGAUGAGGACAAUGGAGCAUUGGGGUCAUCGGCUUUUCCCCAAGAUGACAUUUGAUGAGGUCAUAGAGCGCGCUGAGCGACUGGGUGCUAAGAGAGAAACACAGACAUGCGUUAAGAAGAUCCGUAUGGGUAUGUCUAUGACUGAUGAUGACUUUGUAUCGCAACAAGACAGUGAUGGGGCAAACAGUGACAAUAAUGAUGCUGCUGACAUCGACAAAAAUCCAGAAGAUGGUGUAAAUUAUUUAGAUGAGGAUGAUUUGGAUGCAGAGGAAGCCUUCGAGGAAAUGAUGCGUCAGGAGCGUGCAAAUACUCAACAGAAUGCACAAUCACAGAACAACCAAACGCAGUCACAGAACAACCCAACACAAUUGCAGAACAACCAACCACCCAUGACUCCUUCAAGUGCUCCUGCUCCAAAACCAAGUGGAAAUUCUACAAUGACUGAAGAACAGAGAGCCAGAAUGGAGGCCAAUAAAAGAAAAGCUAUGGAGAAACGUUUAGCUAAACAAAAUCCAGGUUGGACACCAAACAAAUCGCAACCAACAUCCACGCCACCAACUUCAACACAACCAAGUGCCUCCCAACCAACUCCAAGUGAUGGGUCUCUAACUACAUCUCAAAAUGAAGAUGAGACGGUUGCCAUGGAGGUUGAUCAAGCUACAGAGGAUGAGCUCCUUGCAGCUCUGGAUGAUGAUUUUGAAACAAAGGAGCCAUCAGCACCCAAGGAUCCUCUUAUGAAGGAAAAUAAUUCACUGGAUACACCAGAGACAAAUGUGUCUACAAAUCAAAAUGAAUCAGUCAGGAAAAGUUGUGAUUCAGACUCGCAAAAUCCAAAUACCGAAACUUUGGAUUUGCACCUGACUGAAACCAUGGUUGAAGAACAUUCUCAGAAUGUGUUGUCAGAGAAUGUUGAUAAAAAUAUCCAGAAUGCAACUCAAAAUGAGUCUGAAGAUUUCCACCUCAAAUUAUCAGAUACAAUGGGUACAGCGGAUACAUUAGAUAUAAAAUCUAGUGCGUUAACAAAAGACUUUUCAGACCUUUCACAACAUGCAUCUGAAGUUACAGACAGUACUGCUGAUACAUUGAAUUUACAUCUCAGUGAAACUAUAGAUGAUAAUUCUGAAAAGGAAAGUAAUGAAACACUGAAUUUAAAUCUGUCAGAAUCUGAAAGUCAAGAUUCAUCUUCAUAGUCAUUGAAAAGGUAUUCUUGUCAAGUUUCAAAAUUAGUUUAUCAUCAUAAAGCGAUUCAAAUAAAUGAUUCUACCUGUAGAAUUGCCUUUACUGAUUUGAGCUGAUUAACAGUGAUGUACAGUAGUUUUACGAGAAUUUCAGAAGAAUUAUGUGGGUUUGUUAUCACCAUGGUGAUAUUGUAUUGUUAUAGCCCCCAUUUUUUGUCUGAUGUUAUACAUCUUGUGUCUGUACUUACAUUUUGAUAUGUCAAUACCUCGUUUUAAAGUAUUACACAUUCAUGUAUUGUAUAUCCAUGAUAAAAGAACAUUCAUUUCUCUUUACCUGGAAUUUAAAAAGUAAGAUUACUGAACUACUUUCCGAUAGUAAUAUAAUAUUUUAGAUAUAACUUUAAAAUACUGCACCACCAACUAUUGUAAUUGGUACAAAAUAAAUAAAAUAAUACUGAAAUUCAAUCUAUUUUCUUAUCGUUCACAUUUUUAUAUUUCUU